AUGGCUGUCCUGACAUUUCGGGAUACCACAAAAACGCUGGGGAUAAUCCUGCUGAGCAUCCUCACUCUGCCCUUCUCACUCACAGUUACCAGUUUGCUGUUUCUCGCGCACCUCAUCAUCGGCCACUACCCCCGUCAAGCUACCAAGUUUCAAGUCCAAUAUGAAGCGGACUUUAAAAAUAUUCCAUGUCAAAAGACAAUCCUCGUUACAGGCGUCGGCAUGACCAAGGGCCUGACCCUCGCCCGGGCCUUCCACCGCCAAGGCCACCGAGUCCUCGGCGCUGACUUCGAAGACGCCUUGGUCCCCUCCUCCGGGCGCCAAUCACGAAGUCUAUCAAACUUCCACUCUCUACGCAAACCAAGCUCUAAACUUUUAUCAUCGUCCUACACAGCCCAGCUUGUCGACCUCGUAACCCGCGAAAAUGUGGACCUAUGGGUGUCCUGCUCUGGUGUCGCAACAGCCGCCGAGGAUGGUGCGGCUGCUGACCAGAUCGAGCAAUUGACGAACUGCAGGUGCGUGCAGUUUACAGAAAAGGUCACAACCAGGUUACACGAAAAGAACAGCUUCAUCCGCGAGACGAUACGACUGGGUCUGCGCGUACCCGAAACGCACGAAGUUGCCGCGCACCAAGACGUCCUACGCGUUCUAGACCGUUCCGGGAGGGGACGGCGCUUCAUCAUGAAGCCCGUCGGUAUGGACGAUGCGCACCGAGGCAAUAUGACGCUCCUACCUCUUGCUACUCCUGCGGAGACAAAGAAGCAUGUUUUGGAUCUGCCCAUAUCGAGUGCGACCCCGUGGAUCGUGCAACAGUUUAUUCCUGGUGAACGCGAAUACUGCACCCAUGCGCUUAUCGUCAAGGGACAAGUUAAGUUGUUUACGGCUUGUCCCAGCUCCGAGCUGUUGAUGCAUUACAAGGCGUUGCCAGCGCACUCUCAGCUGUUCAGGGACAUGUUGAAGUUCACCAAGGACUUUUGUGCAAAGUCCGAGGAUAGCAAGUCGAUGACGGGUCAUCUAAGCUUUGAUUUUAUGGCCGAUGAGAAUGGUGCACUUCACGCUAUCGAAUGCAAUCCGCGUGUGCAUACUGCUGUUGUGCUAUUUUCGCAACCUAGGAAGGUGGCGAGGGAUAUGGUGCAGGCUUAUCUGUCUGUUCUGGAGGAUGACGAGUCCCAAGCCAAUGUAAAUGGCCAUGUAAAUGAGAUCGUGUUGCCGGAUCCCCAUGCUGCUCCCCGAUAUUGGAUCGGCCAUGAUGUGGUAGAGCUGGGACUCUUGCCUAUUAUCAAGAUGAUCAGGGGAGAUGCAAAGCUAUCCAAGGUCAAGGAAAGUGUCACGGAGCUCUGGUUGCACAUCAAAUCUUGGAAAGAAGGCUCCUUUGAGGCACAAGACCCUUUGCCGACGUUGAUGCUAUAUCAUGUUUACUGGCCCCUAACUGUGGCUGCAGCCUGGUGGCAUGGUCGCAGAUGGAGCAGGCUCAAUGUCAGCACUACUAAGAUGUUCAUGGUGUAA